UUUCUGGUCUGUGUUUCUGUGAACCGGAUGUAGAAAACAGGUCACGAUGGCGGAAGUUGGAUCCAUGCAAGAUGAGGCCCGUAAAAGAAAGGAACGUCUACUGUCCAUGAAAAGAAAGGGAACAUCAACUGGUAUACAGGAUGACAAUGAACCCUCAGAGAAAGUACAAGCCGAAGAUGGUAGUGAAAAGCUACCUAAGCCAGUAUUUAGGAGCUAUAAACCGAUGGAUGAGCAGUUGAAAGAAAAUACACUCCCAACAGCAGAUCCAGUUGAAGUCGUUGGUCAAGUGUCUGAACAGUUAAAAGCUGGAGUUCCUCAGCCAACAGUGGAAGAAGUGGAUUUGGCUACUUUAGCGCCAAGAAAACCUGACUGGGAUCUGAAGAGAGACAUUGCUAAAAAAUUAGAAAAAUUGGAGAAGAGAACUCAAAGAGCUAUAGCUGAAUUGAUAAGGGAAAGGUUGCAGACUGGGGAGAGUGACCUAGCAACAGCUGUAAAUGCCAAUGCAGAUGCUGGACCACAGGAUGACGAGGAUGAUGAUUGA